UCCCAGCGCCGACACCAAAACAUUGAAGGGAUGAUCGGGGAUUUAUUGAGAUAAUAUUGCUGUUUGGUGUGUUGAAACUGCGGAGGAUCAAUAAAUAUAAAGUGGAUACAGAUUACAGGGACACCGUGGCAGGUUGAUCGCUGGGAUUUCGCAAUGGCAACGGCACUAGCAAGGCCAAUUUCCUUCCCUGACUUGGGGUUGAAUGAGCAGGACCAGGACGGGAACUCUGCCUUGCUGGAACUUGACAGAGGAUUAAAAUCUUCUAGAACAGGGGAACAGUGUGAAGCCAUCUCUAAAUUUCCCGCCUUGUUUGAAAAGUACCCAUUUCCAAUUCUCAUUAACUCGGCUCUUCUCAAGUUGGCAGAAGUGUUUCGACAAGAAACUCCAGGGAGUAAUUUUGUGCGUGUGUGUGUUGUAGAAGUUGUAGAGUCAUGCGGUCGACACUUAGAUAAACUCAUCAACGUGGAUGAAUUCCUGAGACGCAUCACUACUGUCAUGCACUCUAAUGACCCUUUAGCCAGAGCCCUCACCCUCCGAACCCUGGGUUGGAUGUCUGGUGUUGUGGGGGAGAACCGCCAGGUGCAGCAUCUGAUCCGUGAAGCUCUAGAUGCUAAGGAAUCAGUGGAGCUCCAGGCUGCCAUAAUGGCUGCAGAAAAAUAUGCUGCAAAGUCUAAGACCUUUGCUAUGAAUAUGUGUGAGCGUUUGACCCACAUGAUUGGUGGUCUUGCAACACCUGUUGAUGUAAAGCUCCAGCUUAUCCAGGUGUUUCAGCAUAUGCAUCAUGAUGCAGAAACUGCUGCUACAGUACGAAGUUUGUGCCUGGAGCUCUUAAAAGAGUACCCGACACAGCGUGUAGUGAUAACAACUCUUCACACUCUUACCCAGCUGGCAGCCCAUAUUCUUGUAGAUAUUCCCCAGCAGGUGGAUCUGUUGAUGGGAUAUCUUGAGAAGGAAACUCGCCUCGGAGUACGACAAGCAGUGUUGGGAGAACUGGGUUAUCUAGCGGAAGCAGCACCUCAUGCAUGGUCAGCAGAAAAUGUUGAAAUACUGGUCGAGUUCACUAGAUCAUCACAGCAUAAUGCCGCCAUGACAACAACAGCUCUCUCUGUUUUGGCAUCUUUAACUGCUGCUCCUGCAUUACCACGUAUAACUUUGACUCCAGACUGUUCACUUGUGGAUUUAUGCAGAGAAUGUGUUUAUGAUGGCAAUAUCCAGGUGGCUUGCAGAGCCAUACAACUCUUUACUAACAUUGCUAUAUACAUGCAUGAAGAACAGAACACAAGAGUGGUAUGUGAGGAGGCACAUUGUGCAGCCCUCAGUCUCCUUCAAAGUGUGGUGUGUGCUGUGCAACCUGACGAUAAUAAUGUAGCCAAUUCCGAAGAAUUUAUUCCUGCUGGUCUGCGAACAUGCUUGGUUUGCACAGUGCUGCUGGCAAAAACAAGUCCAACUAUUAUGUGUGACUUAGCAAGCACACUCACAGACAUACUGGCCGACUGCAUACUCUCAGUGUGUGGAUGCCAGCUGGUGUGCGAGGCCCUAGCAUCACUUGGAGGAAGUCGAGCAGAUGUACUGGCCCCACACCUUCCUCCAAUCUUGAAACUCAUCCAGAAGUUCACUCAUGAUGCUCCUCUCAAUACACACAAAACCAAACUUAUGGGUACAUUAGUAACAUUAGUGAUGCAAGUGUUUCAUGGCCAUGUGUGGUCCAGCCAAGCUGAAGCUGCUGUUGUGGCAGCUAGUAAAUGUGUACAUUUAUGGGCAGCUUUCUGUAUGGCCAGACAAGCAUCAAGGUAUGGUCAUCACAGUCUGGCUGCUGGUAUGUAUGGUGUGUUAAGUUGGAGAGUUUGCUCAGACCAGCAGCAUUUUUGGGUAUCUGCCCUUGGUGAAGUGAGUCGUGGUGAGGCUAGUCCAAUGGCUUCAGGAGACAGGGCUAGUAACCUGACAGCUGCAAAUACCCACCUUCACAGAGCAUUAUCAGCUCUCAAGGCUGCUAGCACAUCCAGUCAACCAAUGACCUUCUGUCAGGAGUAUGUAAGGCUUAGAGCUGAAACAUACAUGUGUCAUGCUCAGCUGCUUCAUGCCUGCCUCUCCCUGCGCACUGCCCCUCCUCCAGCCAUAGCUGCUUCUUUAGCAACAUCCACAAGAGAUGACCUGCUUAGGUGUGGUCGUGUAUCACAGCAGCUUGCAAAAUCAGCUAGAGAUUUCAACAGUUUGGCUUCACAGUAUGGGACCCUCUAUCAGUCUGUAUUUGAUGCCGAUCCUCAAACCUUGUGCAACAUUGCACUUCUGCAGCAGGGUGCAUUACUUGUGGCUCAAGGCAUUGAGAUCAUAACUAGACCCUCAGCAGGUCAGCUGACAGAAGACUAUACUGGGCCAGAUCUCACUACUAUCACAAGCAAGCUUGGUGGUGGAGAGACUGUAGAGACACAGACUAUCAUCACUGUUUUAGAGGAAGCCACAACAAUGGUUCGCAGGUUGGCUCAGGUGUCAUGUGAAGUCAAACCAGUAAGGGAGCAGCAUCUCCAGCUCCUUCAGGGAAUUUCACAAGUGCUAACAAGUGUUCCACUGCCAUAUCCUCGCUUCUUCUUCCAAACUCUCCAGAAAACCACUAUUACCUUAGCUCUUUUACCACAACCACGCACUCCUGGAGACCCAAUUUCAGUCCAGACAUCAUCACAAUUGGCUGUCAAAGUAGAGGGGGUUAUAGGCCAUGGCAGAAGACCUGGACUUUUCCGAUCUGUUCGCUCUGUCACACUAACUGUGAACUCAGUGAUCCAAAAUCGUCCUCAGCACACAAUGGACCUAAAGAUUGAGCCCAAUGAGACUUUAACUCAAACUGCAGAACCUCAUAAUGACUUCUUUGCUGCACAAUUUCUCUUAGGAUUUCCUGUGCCUGGACUGUACCAAGUGACUGUAGAUACAUCUGUAACUGAUGACUCUGAUGAUGCUUGGCAAACUGGUCCAAGGCACACACUCACAGUAAAGUCACAGGAGGAUCCAGCCAACAAGACAAGUGUCCCUCAGGCGCCCAGACAAGCACCACCAUCCCAGUAUGUUGCCCCAACAUCACAAGGAGCAGCAGUUCCACCACCAGGUGUCAGUGUUCUGCCAACAGGGCCCCCAGGAACCAGCACAACAUCUCAACCUAUGUCUCAGUAUAAUAUGGGAAGACCAGUUCUUUAAAGUUAAUAUUUAAGUUAGUAAGUUCCCUAUGACAGCAGGAUUGUUGGACCAAGUCCAAAAGUAAGUUAUGUACUGGAAUAUUACCAGUAAAGUUUAUAUGUUUUGGAACAUUACCAGUAAAUUUUGUACGUAA